AUUUCCUGGACGAAUGGAGUAUAUAGAUUUGGUAAUUUUCCCUCACUUCAUCCUUAUAAAUAUUCCGAGAAGUUAGUAGUAGAAGAUGAAGAAAAACAGAGAUAUCAUCAGCUGCAAAAGCAGAGGAGAUAGAGAGAGAUGGCAUGUUCGCAAUCAUAUACAGCAUUUCCAGCUUCAAUAAACCGUGGUAGGUCCGUCGUCGUCCCACCUGCAAAUCCAUUGUUUCCCAAUUCCAACAAAUUUGGAUCGCUUAAAUAUUCAAGGAUCAAUUUGCGAUGUAACAGCAUUGGUGAUUCAGGUGAGAAUGGAUGCAAAGUUAUGUUAGAUGCAUUUUUCUUGGGUAAGGCUAUUGGAGAGAUGCUAAGCGAACGUAUAGAAUCAAGCGUGGGCGAGUUUCUGGGCGUCGUUGGCAGAUUGCUAUCCGACCCUCUAAAGCAUGUAUCAGAAUUUCAGGAGGAGGUGUUGGAAAAGGCAAAGCGAGCAAAAGAAGAAGCAACACAGGUGGGCGUGGGACUAGUAUCCGACGCCACUUCGACGGUGAAAGAAGCAACAAAAGAGGCUGAGGAGCUUAUAUCUGAGGCAGCUGAACAAGCGACGGAGGAAGCGCGGGGGCUCGUAUCCGAUGCCGCUUCCGUCGCAGCUUCAGUAAUUUCGGAAGCCUCAUCUGCAGCCAAAGACCCUUUCUUGGGGCUUUUCAACGAGGACUGAAAUUUUCUUCACUUUUAAUCUAUAGGUUGCAUUAGUCUUCUUUGGUUAAUUUUAUGGAUUCUUAAAGGAAAGGUUCGUUUUGGUUUUUUCUUCUUUGUUUUACAUCACUGCCUCUAUUUGUCUUGUAAAAGAGAAGAAUAUCACUAAAGAAGAAGGAAAGGAGUUUUUUUUAAUGUUA